CUGUUCAUCAAUGUAAUUUCAGUACAUACUGUACAGUUACAAAACCAUAACCUUCUAUUGUUUGUGUAACUAGAAGAUGCAGUUUCUUAAGAAAAAACAAUGCCAAGCCCAACCUUCCAUACAAAAAACUCCCAGUCCCACUUCCCUUCUGGUAUUUUUCUGGUUUUCUGACUCAGAACAAAACAACUCUAGUAAUAUUGAUGAUGUGAGCCACGCUUGAAUUGUCACUGAGAAUCAAAACCUGGGUUCUUUUUUGCUCUUUGCUCAAAGCAAACAUUUUUCUACUUCUAGGUUUUCUUUAAAAAGUCUAAGUCUAUGCCUUUUUCUUGAGUGAUGUAUUAUUAAUAGGUGUUUCACUUCUGCGAGUUGCUAUUCAGGUAUAUAUAUAUAUGUGUGUUCUGCAAUGGCUAAUACCGUGCAAAGCCAGGGGGUGGUGGCAGAGAACUUCAUGAAACAGCUUGCAGUUGCUGUGAGGAGUAUCCAGUGGAGCUAUGCAAUUUUCUGGUCACUGUCUACUUGGCAAAAAGGGGUACUAGAGUGGGUGGAUGGUUACUAUAAUGGAGACAUCAAGACGAGGAAGACGGUACAAGCUAUGGAGCUUAAAAAUGACAAAAUAGAGUUACAGAGAAGUGAACAACUGAGAGAACUUUAUAAAUCUCUUCAUGAAGGUGAAAUUGACCAACAGGCUAAGAGGCCUUCUGCUGCAUUGUCUCCAGAGGAUCUUUCUGAUGCAGAGUGGUAUUACUUGGUUUGCAUGUCCUUUGUUUUCAGUCUUGGUGAAGGUUUGCCAGGAAGAGCAUUAGCAAAUAAAGAAACCAUUUGGUUGUGCAAUGCUCAAUAUGCAGAUAAAUUCUCUCGCUCUUUGCUUGCCAAGAGUGCAUCUAUCCAAACAGUGGUAUGUUUUCCCCACUUUGAGGGAGUAAUUGAGCUGGGUGUAACUGAAUUGGUUGCCGAGGACCCUAAUCUCAUUCAACGCAUCAAGGCUUCCUUAUUAGAAUUCUCGAAGCCUGUUUGUGCUGAAAAAUCUUCGUGUGUUCCUCAUGGCGUAGAUGAUGAUAAAGACCCAGUAUGCGCUCAAGUUGACUGUGAGACAGUAGAUGCAUUAGCAGCUUUGGAGGACCUGUGCCACCCCACAGAAGAUAUCAUGUUUAACCAAGAGGGAAUUGAUGAAUUGCAAGAAAAUAUGCAUGAAGAAUUGAACAUGGACUCUUCUGAUGAUUGUUCAAAUGGCUUUGAGAAGAAUCAUCAGACUGAAGACUCCAUUCUCGAAAGUUUGAAUGGUGGGACCUCUCAUGCUCAAUGUUGGCAUUUCGUGGGUGAUGAAUUAAGAGGUGGUGUUGAAGUCCACUCCAGUGAUUGUAUAACUGAGGAUAUCGCAAGUGAAGAAAACACUCUCUCUUGUCCUAAGGACAAAAAUGUUAACCACCUUCAGUUGAAAGAACUUAAAGAAGGCAACCACAGCAAAUUGAGCUCUUUGGAUCUUGGAGCCAGUGAUAACUUGCACUACAAAAGAACUCUGUCUACAGUCCUGGGAAGUUCAACCCAGUUGAUUGCAAAUUCAUGUUUCUGCAGUAGAAAUCAAAAAUCCAGUUUUGUUAAUUGGAAGAAAGGAGCAUUUAAUGGUCAUAGGCCACAAUUACAACAAAAUAUGUUAAAAAAAAUUUUAUUUACGGUCCCUUUGAUUCACAGUGGACACUCUCUUAGACCUCAUAUAGAAAAUGGAGGGAAAGAUUGUUGUAGGAAGUUGAAAAGCAAUGAAAUAUGCCGGGGACUCAAAUUAAUGAUCCAUUCUGUUGGUGAGAUCAACAAAGCAUCAAUCCUGGAUGACAUGAUUAGAUACUUAAAAGAGCUUGAGGCAAGAGUUGAAGAAUUGGAAUCUUGCAUGGACUCUGUGGAGUAUACAGAAAGACCCAGAAGGAAUGAUUUUGACAUGGCAGAGCAGACAUCAGAUAACUAUGAAAACAAGGCGACUGAAAAUGGCAAGAAGCUUUGGUUAAACAAGAGGAAGGCCAGUGACAUCUAUGUAACUGACCCAGAGCUUAAUGAAAUGGUAACUGAUCAGGAUGGCUUGAUGUCAGAUGUUAAGGUCAGCAUGAGGGAGAAGGAGGUUCUGAUUGAGAUGAAAUGUUCUUACAGGUAGUACAUAUUGCUUGACAUCAUGGAUGAAAUCAACAAUCUUCACUUGGAUGUGCACUCAGUUCAGUCAUCUACUAUUGAUGGCAUUCUCACAGUGACCCUAAAGUCUAAGUUUUGUGCUGAAGGGCAAUCUAGGAAGAGCCCAUUUACUGCCUUUUCUUCUUAUUUUAUUGUUCACAAUUCACAUAAGCUAAAAUCUGAUGAACUUCAUUUCAGUUUCAAGGAGCAGCAGUUGCACCUGCUGGGAUGAUCAAACAAGCACUUUGGAAGAUUGGCAGUAAUUAAGAGUUGGAGGUGUUAGUUUCAACUUAUCCCUGUUCAGUAGAGAGUUGGCUUCUAGUUCUAGAUAGUUGUGUAAUUUGUAGCUGUAGCUGCUUAAAAUUCAAACUACUUCCUAACUGAUUUCUGUAACAAUUGUUUCGACUUUAGCUGAUCAACUGCAUCCAUAAUUAUGCCCCACAUUUGCAGCA